AUGUCACCCAAAGUUCUCUGCGCCCCACGUGACCCACGCUCAUCCAUGGAUGCAGUGACGCUCAGCGGGGUGUCUGAGCGCAGCCUGGAGACUACAGCAGCUGAGGAGAGCAGAGUAAAACUGACAGGAAGUCCACAGACUGUUAUGAGGGGGGUCAGCUCGACAGUGAAGACCCUCAAACACACGGCCACGUGCGAGAAAAAAGCACAGCGUGGCAAACGGAGGAUGAAGGCGAACGACAGGGAGCGCCACCGCAUGCACAACCUGAACUCCGCCCUGGAUGUGCUGAGGAGCAUCCUGCCCUCACUGCCCGAGGACGCCAAGCUGACCAAGAUCGAAACUCUGCGCCUCGCCCACAACUACAUAUGGGCACUGACGCAGACUCUGCGCAUGCCCGAGCAGCACAGACGGACGCCAGUGGGAUCUUAUUUGGGCAGUCCAACAAGUGUUUCAUCAGCAGGGUGGGACUUGUCUUCACCGGAGCCCGCUUAUGUCCCCGCUGACUUUGAAAUAUUCUCUCAUGAAAUCAAUUGCAGAAUUUUAGCUAGAGAGCAGUCCUGUGUUGUGCCUGUUACCUAUCACUUCAGGUCAUUCUGUGGUUAAAUUGAUGCCAACAAA